AUGGAUGCAGUAGUCCGAAUUUUGGGGUAUUUGAAGUUUGCACCAGGAAAAGGCAGUAACUUGGUUACUUGGAGGAGUAAAAAGCUUAAGGUUGUCUAUUUGUUAAGUGCAGAUGCCGAAUAUCGGGCUAUGUCAGCAAUUAAGAUUGCUGAAAAUCCAAUUCAACAUGAUAUAAUGAAACAUGUAGAGAUUGAUCGAAACUUUAUUUAUGAGGAAUUGGAAGAGAAUAUUAUUGAAGUUCCGUAUGUUAAGACUAUUGAACAAUUGGAGGAUAUGUUGACCAAGGCUGUAUCAAAUCGAGCCUUUACAGAUUCACUUGUCAAGCUGGGUAUCUGCGACAUCUAUGCACCAUAUUUAGGGGAGUGUUGGCGUGAAUCACAAUAG